AUGGAAAUAAAGAAUAUGUCCUUCAAAGUUGGACAAACUCUUACUGUUGUUGGGAUUCCCAAAACGAACGCUUCCAGUUUUUCGGUGAAUAUUGGCCUCAACAAAGAGAACCUAAUGCUGCACAUCAACCCACGAUUUGAUUUAGAAGGAAAUCAGAAAAUCGUGUGCAACUCUUACCAGGGAGGCAAGUGGAGUGAGGAGCAGCAUCACUCGUGCUUUCCCUUCUGUAAGGGGGAAGAGUUCAAGAUCACAGCUAAAUUCACAUCUUCGGGGUUUUCAGUGAUCUUUUGGAGCGAGUCUGCACUGACCACUCGUGCAGUGGUCAGUGCAGUGCUCUGCUCCAACCGCCUUGGAGCAGAGAAAUACUCCUUCUUCAGCUUCACUGGGGAUGUUCGCAUCGUAAGCGUGGAGAUCAAGUAA